AUGUUCAAAUUUGUGUCCUUGGCUCUGACCCUCGUCGCGCUUGGCUCCGCUCAGGUUGGGACCACCACGGUCACGGUCCCAUGGAAUUAUCAAGAAUCCACCGCUGUUCCAUCUACACCCGCCCCACAGCCGGGAACGAACGUGGACCGCGAAUGUGGAGGUGAUCUCGCCAACCUCUGGCUCGACGUUGUCGUCGUUGUCGACAACUCGAAAGGAAUGACAAACGAGGGAAUCACCGAAGUCGCUGCCAACAUUGCUACAGUCUUCGGAAACGGAACGAAGAUCGGAACGCAGUACUCAGACCCCCGCUCCACUCGUAUCGGAAUCGUGACCUACAACGGAGUGGCCACUGUUGCCGCUGACUUGAACCUCCUCCAGUCGAUCGACGAUCUCUACAACACCAUCUUCUCCACUCUCAGCCAGGUCAGCUCUUCGGAUGAUUCCUUCUUGGCCAGAGGAAUCGGAGCCGCCGAGAACGUUCUCCAGGCCGGAAGAGCCAACAACGUCAGAUCCAACUACAAGCGACUUGUUAUCGUCUAUGCUUCUGCCUACAAGUGAACAUGAUUUUUCAGAAUUUGAUGUAAACGCCUAUUGUUUUAGGGGAGAGGGAGAGCUCGAUCCAAUCCCAGUUGCCGACCGUCUGAAGUCCUCCGGAGUCAUUGUCUCUACCGUCGCUUUCGACCAGGAUGGAGAUGAGGCCCUUCUCAACGGACUUACUGACAUCGCCUCGCCAGGAUACGCCUACACCUCCGAGGAUCUCAACCUGGUCGGAGAGAUCCAAGGAACCGCUCUUCAAAGUGAGAUCAUUCAGUCCUUUAAGAUGUCAAACGUUCUUUUUCAGCCAACUGCUUCUGCCCGAAUCUCUGGACCCAGUACAAGGCCAACUUCGACCAGGAGAACUCGUACAAGUACGGAGUGUGCCUCCGCGCCGCCACCAUUUCCUCGUCCUGGACUGCUGCCAAGUUCGCUUGCCAGAACCUCGCCAAAACGGAUUCCUUGCCACCGAAUACGAUGGACAAAAGCACAACUUCCUCUUCAGUAAUAUUCUACCGCCCUUCGUCCACAAUUAUCUGAAUCACUUUCAGGAGUUGCCCAGAACAACACCGCCUUCUCCGCCCCGUACAUGUACCACGUCGGACUGAGCUACGUGAACGGAGGAUGGUACUGGCAGCAGCCAGCCGGAUACCCACUCAUCAGUGUAAGUUUACUAGCUGAUAAGGCAUCAGCUGACGAAAUGACUGUUUGCAGCUUAACGGAUACGCCACCUGGAACCCGUCGUACCCGAAGUCGUACACCACGAACAUUGGAGUUAUCAACCAGCAGUACAGCUCGAACUUGGUGGUCGGAUGGCAGAAUGUGAAUGCGUACAGUGUUGCCGAGUACUACAUAUGCGAAGUGGCUUCCUGUGACACUCAAAACUAUUGUGCCUAG